CGUGCCUUCCCCUUCCACUCCGAAGUUUAAGCCGUGUUGGUUCAGGAUCGCAGGGGGCUGCAGUCCGGGGAAACUGGGAUGACAAAAACCUGCUUGGCCUUGCAAGCAGCGAUGGAUGAGAGACUGCUGCAGAUGGGAUGCUGGAAAGGAAUUCUCGGCUGUGAGGUGCAGAGGCCCUGGCACAGGUUGCCCAGAGAAGCCGUGGCCGCCCCUGGGUCCCUGGGAGUGCCCAAGGCCGGACCGGACAAGGCGUGAAGCAACCUGGCCCAGUGGAAGGUGUCCCUGCCCAUGGCAGGGGGUGGCAAUGGUUACAGUCCCUUCCAAACCAUUCCACGAUUAACUGUUUUUAACUCUUUUUGCCCACCUCGGCACUGGUCACUGGGAACGCCUUCCCGCAAGGCCGGGCCGGGUCCUCCACAGCCCCGGGCUACUCCCGCUCCGCCCGCCCCUUCCUGCGGGAGCGCCGGCGGUUCCGGGGCGGGCCCGGGCCGGGUUCGGAUCGGGCAUGGCCGGCAAGCGGAGCGGCGAGGCCGGGGAGCGGAGCGGGGAGCCUGCGGCCAAGCGCGCCUGUGGCCCGCGGGACGAGGAGUUCAAUGGCGCCCGCUUCAAGGCGCUGCUGCGGGACCCCGCGGCCGCCGCCAAGGGGCUGGAGACCUUCGUGGCCGUCGCCAAGACGCUGCCGUCGCCCGAAGUGUACGAUGUGGUGGAGGGAUACGUGAAAAUUUCCAUGGAGUCUGCUGAGAUAUUCAAGCUUCUUGAUGGAGAAAGGAAGCCUGAAAGUGAAAUGCUGUUAAUCUUUCAAGCUCUAGAAGCCAUUUUACUGAGGACAGCCAGCGACCUCUCACAUUUUUCUGUUGUGGGAAUGAACAUUGUCAAAAAGUUGAUUCAUUCCUAUAUGAAACUGGUCUAUGGUGCUUUGUAUUCUGAAAAUCACAGGAUGAGCCGAGGGUGCCUUACACUGCUGUCAGCCAUGGUGGCUCAAGGCCCGGAUUCAGCAAGGGAUGUGUAUAGUCAUUUUGAUUUCAAUAACAAGUACCUGCCUGGAUUGCUGAAAAGGAGAUGUAAGCAGGGGAGACCAGAUGUCCGCAUGGCCUAUAUUCAGUUUGCUCUCUCCUUUCUCAUUGCUGGUGACAAUGCAAUCUUGGCACAGGUGCUGGAAUUAAAAGAUUUCAUUCCAGCUAUUCUUCGCUCUGAAAUAAAGGAAGACAGAGUUUCUACUGUCAAUCUUCUACUUUCCACACUGACAGCUAAGGUGGUUCAUAACAAAAAUAUCAGCAAGACACAGAAGGUGCGUUUUUUCACUGCAGAAGUGUUGCUUCACAUCGCUUCUCUGUACCGUUGGAACGGGAUUACUGAUGUCAGCCCUGAGGAUUUAAAGGUGGCUCAAGGUUCUGAGGAGGUGGGAAAAGCAAUGGUGCGAGAACUUGUGCAUAGCUUCUUAAUGGACCUCUGCUGCUCUCUGAAACAUGGCAUAACGUUCUAUGAUCCAAGUCUUGGAACUUCUGGCAAGGGAGGAAAUGUGGUACUUCUGCACUUCCUGCUUGGUUUAAAAACUGCAACAGAAGAUGAAAUGGUUGCUGAUCUCGUGGUGAAUAUUCUCAAAGUAUGCCCAGAUUUAUUGAACAGAUACUUCAAGGAGACCCAGUAUUCCUUUGUUCCUAGAGUGAAGUCUGCUUGGAUGGACAACAUGAAGUUACUCAAGAAGAUCUAUGAGGCUCAACCAGAGAUCUCCAAUUCUUUUAAGACUUCAGAAUUUAUUCCUCUUCCCAGAUUGCUUUCUAUGGUGAUGGUGACAACAGUCCCUGCAGUGUGCAAUAGGACAAUGUUCACCCAAGGGUUAAAUUUGCCCAGCACAGAGGUGAAGCAAAGCAUCCUAUCACUGGUGUCAAUGGUGCUGAGAAGAGCCCUGAGGAACAUUCAGCACUGUUUGUCUGAAGAAACCUGGCAAAGGUCACAAAUCUACACACUGCCUGCCGCGCAGGAGUUUGUGCAGCUCUACAGAGAAGCUGUCAGCAAGGUUUUACCAGACAUGACUAGUAUAGUGGCUGUCUGGCAGUCCCUUCUGAAGCAAGAGAGAGAACACAACAAUGGCCCAGCAGAGAAAAAGGAAGGUGAUGUCUCGCCUAUGAAGGCAAUGACCGAGACAGAAGUUGCUGAGCAGCAUGGUUCAGAUGAUGCUGAGACGCUGCUUCUGAAGGCUGCCCUGCUUCAGGUCAUAUGUCUUUAUCAGAAGGUCGUGCCCCACUUGGUAGCACAGAGCAACUUUGAUUUUAGCAAGCUGAUAAAAGGUAUAGUCACUGAAAAGGGCCUGCGGCAGGAGGUCCCUCCUCUUCUGCAGCACCAUAUCCUGGAAGUGGCGUUGGAGCUUCCCGCGAAUAAAUUUGCCUGGUUCAAAGUACAGGACAUCUCUGAGACAGAGAAGACAUGUGGUGAAAAAUCAGUCUUCUAUUUACUGAUGAAAAUGUUUGUUACAAGUACCCAUUCUCACCUGAAAAUUUCCACCAAAAAGUUAAUCAUCAAGGUUUUAUGUGACAGUGGAGUGUUUGAGUACACGUGGAAGGAACUUUCAGUUUGGCUGGAACACUUGGAUAAUACAAAAGAAGACCAGAAGGAAGCAGUGAUUCAGUUUUUGGAAAGGAUCCUGCUGAAGCUGGUGACAAAGCCCUAUCCCUACACCGACAAGGCAGCAGACGUGGUUCAGGAAGCCAGCAUGCUCCAGGCUGCUAUGUUUAAACAGGACUCUGAUAACAUCAGCAUCCCUGUCUCUCACAUUGAUGAUGUGCUGGAUAUGGUGGAUGUUCUGAUCGAGGGCAGUGACAGCUUCGAUGAAGAAAUUGGGUUCUCUUUAAAUGAAGACAUGAUUAUCCAAACAUUUCCCUUCAGUGCUGUUGUCCCUGCUGCAUUAGAAGCCAGGAAUAUACUGUUACUUCAGUCUAAAAAUGGAGCAGGAGCACACAUCCUGGAUUACCUUGUUGCUGUUUUCACUGACCUCCUGCACUCCCAGAGAGAACCCCUUGCUCUCUGCUUGAUGUUCCAGCUCUAUGACAAAGAUCUCAAGUCCCUGAAAGUUGCUAAGUAUCCUCAGCUCUACCAGUUUAACCAAUACUAUAAACUCUGGAUACCCAAGCAAUCCCAGGAGCCUGUGUUUAAAAACCACAAGGAGGUAAGCGAAGAACCUACUGUGGCACUGGAUUCUGGAUUUACUGCUUUGCUAAAGAGAGCCUAUGAGAGAGGAAGCAAUACCUUACUGGAAGAUAGUGUUCAGACAAAAUUGAGAGACUUGGCUUCCUGGCUCCCACCUGACCAGCUUUUGUUGGGAGUAAAGCAUGUGCUGCUAUACCUGAAAUCCACAGUGGAGAACUUCAGCAGUGUUGGUAAAACUUUGGGUCCUCAACUCGUUGACCUUUAUGUGGACAUUCUGAGCAUCUUGUUGUGCCGGGGCAAUCAAAUAAAGCAGGAUCAGCAACAGAAACAGGAAGAGCAUCAGGCUGAGUCGGAUCUCUUUAUGGAUGAGGAGUCUCUGAUGACAGAAGCAUCUUCAAAUGACAGGACACUGGAGGAUACACUCACCUUGAUUUUCAGCCAUCCUACACUGGAGAGCUGGUUCCUGGCCUUGGAGCUGCGCUCUAUUCCUCAGCCUGGUUUGAACCCUGUCACUGUGAAGCUCCUGUCAGCUCAUCUCAAUUCUGGGGUGCUCCAGCUGCUGAAAACAGCUGCCCCCAUCGUGCAGGGCAUCACAACAGAUCACAGACACGUGUUGUCCAAGUAUUUCGAAGCUAUCACUAAAAGUGUCCUGGAAGAGCUGCGGACUGUGGGGAGGGACAGAAGCCAGGUCUCUCCCAGGAAGUCUCACCAGCUGCAGGCUCUGGAGGAGCUGCACAUGUACAUGACUGCAGCUCAGCUGAAGGAGAUCACUCUAACCAUGCUGCAACUUCCUGAGAUGAGCUUGACUGAUCAGAAAUCUGAAAAAUCCCCUAAAAAAGGGAAGCAGUUAAACUUCUAUGGACAAGUUUUGGUGAAGCUCCUUACAGACAGCUACCAAAGGCAUCCCCGGCAAGGAGAAUUUCUGCUAUCCAGAGAGCACAUUAAAGCUUUGGGGAUAUUGAUGUCAGCAUCGGCCAGCAAAGAUUUGGAGGAAGUUUUCCUUCAGGCUCUCCAAAGUGAGCCAGUCCUUGCUCUCGCAGUUGGUGUCGAGGUUCAGGCUCACUGCCUUGCCCAGUGCUCACACACCUCCCUGGCCAUUGUGGGUGUGCUGAUCCAGCACUCCAGGACUCACUUGCUGCAGUUUGAGCUCUGGUGUCUGAGCAGUGCCACUGGGAAGUACCUCAGGAAACACAUGGAGAACUUUCUUCCACUCAUUAAUGUGUAUUUGCAAUGCAGAGACCAGUAUGGUUUCAGCCGACCUUCUGCAGUUGUCUCAGCUGUCACACCCAUCCUGAGGAAAGCCCUUUGGAAGGAGCUCUGCGCCGGGAUUCAGGACGCUGGAGAGUCGCAUGAGGCCUCUGUGAAACAGCAAAUUCUUUCAAAGUUGUUGCCACCUUUGGAAAGCAAAGGGCUGCACAAACUAAUGGACUGCCUUCCUGCUGCUCUGGAGAGAGCAGGGAAUGAAGAGAGUUGGGCCCUGGCAGAUGCCAUAUCCACAGUGCUUAAGAACUCAGACGAGCUGCCUUCCUGGAGGAGACAUCUCUUGUCAGCCUGCAUGAAGGGAUUAGUUGCCAUGUACAGCAGCAGUAAAGAUGAAAGCAAGCAGGAAGUGGAGAGGUCCAUGCUGCUGAGGCUUGAGGAAUUACUGUGUGUGGUUGAAGAAGUGGACCCAGAUGACUGGUGCAGCCUUGUGAAGACAGGACUCAAGUAUCGUUACAGAGAUGAAACAUUUCUGAAGGUCCUGAAUGUUGCCAUCCAGUUACUGUACAGGAAAGAAUCCUCACUCAGUCAGAGCUUAGUCAAGCUCUCCAAACUUCACAUGAUGGUCACACAGCACUCACUAUUUCUGUCAGCCAUCCUGAGAUCAAGAGAAGAAGAUGGCAUGAACACCCAGACAAGAGAGGCGCUGGUGGACAUUCUGCUGACAGCUGUGCAGCUCAGCCCCUCUCUGUGUGAGAGCAGUCACCUGCCAGUGCUGCUGGGAGCCUAUGGGGCCACGCUCAGCACCGUAGAUCAGAAGAUACUGCUGUUGCUUCAGUUGUAUGAGAAGAAUAAUCAAAGUCUUAUAAACUCCAGGAUCCUGCUGUGGGGCCCAGCCGCUGUGGAGCAUCACAAGACUUGCAAGAGUCUGGGGAAGUCCUUGUGGCAGCAGCCAAGCAUGGAGGAGAUUCUGUGUCUGCUGGAUCGAGAGAAGAUGAUGAAGACGAUUCUGUCCUUCCCUCAGCAUCGCCGGCUGCUGCCAUCACAGGGGAUACAAGAGUCACUAUAUAAAGAUGAAACAGUGAAGAGCCUUGAUGACUUCUAUGAUCCUUGUUUUCUACUUCAGCUCUUCAGUGAACUGACCAGACCAGAGUGUGUGGUGGCAUGUCACAAGUUUGUGGAAGUCAACGCCCUGGGUCUCACAGUGGCUGCCCUGAGCAGCUACGACCCCAACAUGAGAGCAGCUGCGUAUUUUGUCCUGGCUUCCUUCCGCUCCCAUCUGGAAGGGGCUCGCUUUCGAGAGAAGAGCCAGUUGCUGUAUCUCUUGGAUGCUGUGCAGAACGGAAUCAGGCAGCCAAACCUCAGGUUCACCUUCUCCCUGACCCUCUACAUUGCCCGUGUGGCGCAGCAGAUCCUGAAGCCAGAGGAGCACAUGUACAUAAAGGUAAACAGAUUCCUUCUGUCACACCAGUAUUUGGACCUGAGGAAGGUACCAGGUUUUUUCCAGCUUUUCUACAGUUUUGACUUGGAGUACAAAACAGAGCGUGAGUGGAUCCUCAGAUUUCUUGGGGAAGGGCUGCGUGACAAACAUUGCUAUGAGCUUUAUGACUACCAGAGGAUUUUCCAGGUCAUUCUAUCCUUUUUCCACAGUCCUUUGUGUGAUGAGGGCUCCCAGCGUCGUAUUCUGGACAUAUUGCAAAGUGCUGCCCGUGUCACCAGAGCUGCCUAUGAGCUGGUACAGGAUCACAGCCUCCUCCCAUGGGUCCUGCACAGCUUAGAGAAAAGGUUUCUGGAGAACAAGGUGAUACAUAAAAUUAUUUCCUUAGUCCAUACCCUGUGGCAGACAAAUUUAGGAGGCAAGAGAAAAAACAAGACUCAAUCCCAGGAGAACAGGAAACUUCUUCCUAUUCAGCUUGUAAAUGAAUUUCUGUGUGUUUUGGUCACGUUAAUCAAACAUAUUCGGACUAACAUAGAUCUGGGCAAGCUGGCUGAGUUGUUGGGCACCCUCAGCUCUGUGCUGGAAUACCGUGCUGCUGUUGCAGAGGCUUUCAGGGAGAUGAGGCGUUUCACGGUCAACGACAGUGUCCUCUCCAGCAGGGAGCUGCUGCUGCUGCUGCACAAGUGGAGCCUUGUCAGCGAAGACCUGCAGCUGCAGGAGGACCUGCAGGCCCUGGCUCAGAAGUACCAAAACAAAGAAUUGCUCAAAAAUAUUAAAGACAAGAACAAACCUCAAGCCUCAUCUCCUGGGUAUCGUCACACUCGGAAAAGGAAUGAGGUGGGAGAAGAUGACCCUGCUGCAGACAUGGAUGUGUCUGAGCUGGAGAAAUGCAGAGAGCAUCUGAAUUCCAUACUGGCCCACUGGGACCCUGAUUUCCCAGCACCACCCUCCACAAAGGGAGGGGAGACUCUCAGAGCCGGUGAACCUGGGGGUGAGGCAGUGGCUGUCACCUGUGCAUCCAUUCAUCUUGUCACUAAGUGGCUGGUGAGGUCCCUGGCUGGGCAGAGCCCCCUCGGGGAGCAGGACGUGUCCCCAGUGCUGAGGUGGCUGCGGAACCGUGUGCUACCACACCUGGUGGCCGUGCGGGAGAUGCUCGGGGAUGAGACACUGAGGAACAACCUCUUCAAGCUUUACACCCAGCUCUGCCAGGCCAGCAGCACCUCGGCUGGGCUCUCCAGGCAGCUCGCUGGGCUCACUUCCAUUAUGCUCCAGCUCAUGGAGGAGCAGGGCCUGUCCAGCACCUUCCACGAGCUUGUGAAAUCUCUGUGCCUGUCAGCAACGGUGGGAGAGGAUGCGGACAAGACAGCUGUUUCUGUAUUCCUGACUUCCAUUUACAUCGGGGACACGUGGCUUGGAGCACAGGAGCCGGAUAUGUUACUUACCCAUGUCAGAUUGGUCUGCAGUAGUGCAGAUUAUGAAUUACAGGAUGACUCGGACACUCAGAAACAAGGGGAAGAAACUCUUAUGUCUCUUUGCAAAAAAAUUUGGCUACAUCAGGGCAAUAAUUCAGGGGACUAACACUUCAUCUCUAACUUUCUUCUGUGCUCAGUCCUCAUCGCUGGGAGCUGUGAAAGCCCCCUGAGCUGUUCUCAUGCAGACCUACCUUGUUUGGUCAAAAAAAUCAGUAUUUUAUUACUGUGUGCAAACUCAGGGGGAAGAUUUUAUUCCAUAUCUCUCAGAGGAACAUUAAAGCUCCAGCUUCCCUUUUCUUGAACAGUUUGAGAGACGAUAAUACUUAUGUAAUUUUUGUUACAGGCAUUUUUAUCUUUUUGAAGAACCAGAAAGACUGUUUGUGCCUGUGUGUGCCCUUGAUAUCCAUCCUCUCUCUAAUACAGGAUGGGAAAAAAGGCUGCAGAGCUUCCUACAAUGGGGUGCGAGUGCAAAGAACGAGGAGACAGCGGAAGACUGGCUCAGGAAUCAGGACGGUUUUCUUGGGUUUAAAAAGCUUGAAUGGCACUUCAAGAUGUUUAUAUCAGACCUGGUUUAUUUUUAUUAUUCUUUUUUUAAUUAAAAAAAAAAAA